AUGUUACGUUAUGCCAAACUCUACUUGUGCUUAAUAUUUCUUUCUUGCGAGGCCAAUGCAAUUCCUUUGGAGGAUUCACAAGAUGUCGCCAAUCUGUUCGGUUUGAAAGGUUUAUCAGAGAACAAUGCACCUGGUGCCACAUUCAUAGAAGGUGAUAUUGCAGUACCAUUGAAAAAUGGUCGCACUGCGUUUAUCCGAAGUCCGAAAUGGCCCGAUGGUACCGUACCUAUUGAAUUCGAUUCAUCUUACUCAACCGAGCAGAAGAAUAUUAUUAUUGGUGCUAUGCUUGAAAUUAUGAAAAACACGAAUAAUUGUAUUCGAUUUGUCUGGCGCACUACUAAUACUCCAGUUUGGUUAAGAAUUCAUCCAGGUCAAGGAUGUUGGUCGUUUAUGGGUAAAACUCAGAGCAGUGGUCCUCAGGAUCUAUCACUUCAAAUUCCUGGCUGUGUAUACCAUCAGGUAGCAUUGCAUGAGCUCAUACAUGCUCUUGGCUUCGUUCAUGAACAAACUCGUCCCGAUCGAGAUCAAUAUGUACGCAUACAAACUCAAAAUAUUGUAUCAGGUAUGGAACAUAAUUUCGAUGUAUUCUCUAGAACUGAUGCUGACACGCUGGGUCUAGUUUAUGACUAUGGAUCCAUAAUGCAUUAUCGAAGUGAUGCUUUCUCGUCAAAUGGUCGUCCAACAAUAGUACCUACUACUAGUGUGGGCAAAAGUUGGGAAUCGAAGAUGGGGCGUGGCGAGAAAAUGAGUGAUCUCGAUAUUCAAAAACUCAAAAAAUACUAUUCAUGUUCUUAA